AUGACUGCUACAAUUUACGCUGCGUUUGUGUUGCAACAACACGAACUGGAAUCAAAUGGCGUGUUAACUCAUCAGAUUAUGAAAUUCACUGAAUCUGAAGACCCCGCGCACGCCCCGUACGUAAAGUUGGAGAACGUGUCCAUGGACGCGCUUGCUGAGGCGAUACAAAAACGAAUAGGUGACAACAGCGUGUACAAGUUUUUGAACCGACGGUCGUCGUCCGACCGCGACUGCGUCAUGUUGUAUGCGAUUCCCACCGUGGAAAUUGACGGCGAAGAGCUGGACGAGUUCAAGUUUGUGUCCAGCCACGAGGGCACGAAGAGGGUUUUGUCCGAGGUCUUAGAAGAACUGGGCUGCGAGUACACCCGCCUAUCGCCAGACAUGGACAUUGGCGGCGGCGAUUCAAUGGCCAACUGGACGUUGACCGUGUCCGAGAGCCACGAGUACCACGAACUGAGAUUGACGCCGGGCAAUCGGUGCACCAAUGACUUGAUGCUGCACUCGAGCACUGUGGAGUUGCAGAUCAAUAACAUCCGCCUGUCGGAGAUAUUGUACUUGGCUGAGCACACGAAUGCGAUUAGUCCAAGAUUGGUGCGUUAUAGUGACGUGCCAUUGUAUCUAGGCUCCAAACGGAUUUGCGAGAGAUUUAAAUUCCCCAAGACAGCUAAGACGUCUGCUCAAAUUGUACGGGAAAUACAGCGCAAGAUUGACAGAGCACACAUACCUCUUACUGAGUUGUGGAACAUCGUCAUGAACGGUGUCCAGUUUCUCAUAUAA